AUGGGGUUUGGUUCACUUCUGAAUAUUGACAUGGAGACUGCUCCGGGGCUGCUUAACUACUAUCUGUUAUAUCACUAUGAUCCAGAUAGUAGUCGUCUAGUUCUGGAGAAUAUGGUCAUAACCAUUACAAAAGACACAAUACAUAACAUGUUGGGUUUACCAAAUGUAGGGGAAGACUUGUUGAACAUGAAUAGUUGUGAGAAAGAUAAUGAAGUUCUUCUAGAAUGGAACAAUCAAUAUGAUAAGAAAGGAUUUAAUGGUGAAGAAUACCUGAAAAUGAUCAAAAACACAAAGCAAGAUAGUCUUAGUUUAGGAUGA